AUGUGUGCCCAUUCAGCGUCCAUUGUGUGGUACCUCGGUUUUGCACGGCACAGAUGUGCUGAGGCUAAAAUUGGUGUUCUUGAUUGGGGAGAGUACCUGGAAGAUGCCACUUCAGUUGACGAGUCAGACAGUGACAGCUCAAGUGAUGACAGCUCCACAGAGGACAUUCCUUGUUUAACCUGUCAGGCAAUAAAGGGGGGUUUGGUUUUAUAUUUCUUUAGCCAAGAGUGCGUCAGUGACACGAUCGACGGUUCUGCUUACUGUACUCUUAUCCAGCCCCAUGGUAUCCCCUAUCACCUCCAUAACGUCUUUGUUAACCGGAAGGGGUAUCAUUCCAUCAAUGUACAGGCGAUAUGUGACCAUGAAGGGAAAUUCAUAAACAUUGACGCACGGUGGCCCGGAAGUACCCAUGACAGCCACAUUUUCCGGACAUCUGAGUUCAGCUUAUUCAUGGAAGGAAACCAUCGUGGUGUUGAGGACGGCUAUCUUCUUGGUGAUAGCAGCUACGCCUGUUCCAGGUUUCUUAUCAACCCGUACCUCCACCCAGCGAAUCCUUCUGAGGAAGCCUUUAAUGCAGCCCAUUGUCGCACACGUAACACCAUUGAGCGAGUAUUUGGAUGGUGGAAAAGAAGGUUCCAUGUACUGCAUAGUGAAAUGAAGAUGAAGCCGGCGAAAGUCUGCAGAAUAAUUGGCGCAUGUGAAAUUCUGCAUAAUAUUGCAUUGUCUCUAAAGGAAGAGAUGGAGGACUAUGAUGAACAAGAUGACAACCAUGCAGUUCAACUGGCUUAUCGUGAACCCGAAGAUGGAAGGGCAAUUAGAAACUUCAUCACCAGAACCUAUUUCUAAAUUGAAUCAAUAGAAAUCAUUUUUGGAAUUAAAACUUUUAUAUAUGUAGCUAUAGAUGAUAAAUAUAAUUAUAUUUAAACACU